AUGGGAGCCUUCAGCAACAUCUCGCCCGGCGCAAGCGUGGCGUUGGGCAUCAUAGUCGGACUGCUCUCCACCUGUAUCCAAUCUCUGGGCCUGACCCUGCAGCGGAAGUCGCAUAUACUGGAAGAUGAGAAAGAGGACCAUGAAGUUCGACGGCCGGCAUACAGGCGACGAAGAUGGCAGGUCGGCAUGUUUCUCUUCCUCAUCGCCAACAUCGUCGGGAGCAGUAUCCAGAUUACAACCCUACCUCUACCGCUCUUGAGUACACUGCAAGCGUCUGGGCUCGUCUUCAAUAGCUUGCUUGCGAGCCUGCUUUUGCACGAGGCUUGGACAUGGCGUACGGGUUAUGGGACGAUACUGGUGGCUGGAGGGGCCAUCCUGAUCAGCUUCUUCUCCGCGCUACCUGAACCAUACCAUAACCUGGAGCAGUUGAUUCGCCUACUUGGAUACCGCAGCUUUCUAAUCUGGUUCUCACUCUCAUUAGUCUCUGUCCUGGUCAUGCUCAUUAUGGACAUCAGCAUGCGAAGGCUUCUUUCACCGCAAAAGCGGGACAGGCCACGACUGCUCCUUGUGAGAGGAAUGAGCUACGGCGCCGUUUCCGGCAUCCUCUCCGCCCAUUCAUUGCUCCUGGCCAAAAGUGCGGUUGAGCUCAUUGUACGCAGCGUAGCCGACAAGCAGAAUCAGUUCAGCAACUACCGUUCGUGGCUGUUAUUACUCGCUUUCCUGGUUCUCGCAUUAAGCCAGCUGUACUAUCUCCACUUGGGACUGCGCCUGAUCUCGACCAGCGUACUGUAUCCGUUCGUCUUUUGCAUCUACAAUAUUGUUGCGAUUCUGGACGGACUGAUCUAUUUCCGCCAGACCGAUCGUUUGCCACCACUGCACGCCGGGCUUAUCGCACUUGGGACGGUCAUACUUCUUGCAGGUGUGCUCGCGUUGAGCUGGCGUCUCGAAGACGGCGACAGCGACCCGGAGCACCAGCCUAUGCUGCAACAUGAGUUCCCGCAAACAGUACUUACUCCCGGACUCGGCUUC